AUGAAGUGCAUCACGUUCCUUAUUGAUGGAUGGGACGAUAUAGGGCGGCAGUCAUUGUAUGGCACGGUAGCAGCGGGAAUCAAUCAGUUCCCCAUCGUACUCGGUCUCAAGGACAUGACUGGUCAGAGAGGCAGUGCGGAGAAGAUGCUCGAGGCCGCUGAGGAAGCCAUCCGGAAUGCGCAGCUCCCUAUUGAAGAUAUGAUUGCAACUUGUACCAACAACCCAACGGUCAUGCAAUCCUUCCGACACAAGAUGGAGGAUCGGUACUUCUGGAUGCUGACCGUUGCAUGCUUCUUGCACGGUGUUGACAAGAUCAUCGGCGAGAUCUGCACAUACCCCCUCAUGAAGGACCUGAUUGCAAAGGCUAACAAGGUUGUGACCUUCUUCAACGGGUUGCACUACUGGGGCAGGCAGCUCAAGGAUGUCGCUAUUGCUGAGAAAGUCACUCAAAAACUCAAGAUUAACUGUGAAUCCCGCUGGUAUGCGAUUGUUCUGCUGGCUAUGAGUGUCCAGUCACACCGCGGUCCUCUCACGACGCUCUGCCUCCAUCCUGAUGCGCAAGUCAGCACCAACGGGUACUCAACGGUCAGCACCGCAGUUGUGACUACCGUCUUUGACCUACUGUUCUGGGCACAUCUCAACCAGCUCAUCACCGUUGUCAAGCCCAUUGUUGAUGUGCUUGGGAACUGCAAAUCUCGGCAGGCCAACCUUGCAGACUGCACACUCGAGCUCAUCAGAUGUGUGCGGGACCUCAGCCGGCUUGGCGAGAAGUGCAGAGAUGGGGAGGACCAGGGCUUCCUGGAUCAUGCUCGCGAGGUCUUUGACCAGCACUUUCAGAAGAUCAUCACACCAUUGCAUGCUUUUGCGCUCUUUGUGCAUCCUCUCACACGGAACCUUGCGCAGAAGUGGAAGUGGGAGCGGCCUCAGGUCGAGUUGCUGGCACACGGUCUACACCAAUACAAUGCAGUCAAGGAGCCUUUCGUAGGAGGCGCAGGAGAUGGAUUGGAGUGGUGGGAGUCCCUCCCGGUAUUGAUGGAGUCACACCCACUCAAGGCCAUGGCAAUUAUGAUACUCUCCAUCAUCCCGCACUCAGCCGAGGUCAAGCAGCUAUUCUUGGCCCUCAACGGUGUCCAGUCCGUCAAGAGGAACUGCCUGUUGGAGGAGAUGUUUGCCAAGCUCGCAAAAGUCCGCAACAAUCUGUCGUGGGAGUUGUAUAAGCGCGAUCGCAAGAAGGGCAAGUCCACGCACCGAACGCAUGGCCAUAUGCACACCCGCGACACGCCCGGUAUCAGCGUUGACCUCGUCAAGGACCUGAACGACCUCCUUGCAUGGGACGCGCCGCUGGAAUUGGCUGCGGAGGAUGGUGGUGAAGGGGCGGGAGGAGACAGGGCCAAUGUUGUUGCCGAGGCAUUCACAACACUUCGGGCCCAGUUAGAGGACAAAAGAUGGGCAGAUGACGGUGAACGCACCUCGGACCACACUGCUACGCCUUCCGGGCCCACGACUUCGGCACUUCGUGGCGAGACCUUCGCCUUUGAUCAGCUUGUGGGAGUCGAGGAGGGCCGAAUUCCGAGGGCCAUUGAUGAAAAAAAUCGCAUAAUUGGAAUAUUUCGGACUUUCUGUGAAUCUAGAGGGUGUACGUAG